CUAAGUGUCGCUGCUGUCUAAAGGUGCCAAACUUCUGUCAUUCUUUUAAACUUAAUUGCUAAAUUAUAUUUUAAAUAGAGACAUUCGGCUACACUAUUUAGACUCUAAUUGGGACUACCCAUUACGUUUGGAUUUGGAUUCAUUAGGAACGUAAAGUGGCGCCAAAAUGACGUCCGUGGAAUGGCGUGCUCUCCAGCCAGGGAGCCGUUCGGGUCCUCACAGUAUAAAACAAUGGCAGCUCGACGGAAUAGAGCACACACCAUUUUCAGCAGAAGAGUCUCGGUCUGGAGCUACAACCACUCGGUUUAGUGCCUGGACACCUGUAACAAACAAGUCGUCCAACCAACAGCUUUUUCAGGAGAGAACAACCCUCAUCCUUCACUGGUUUGACCUAUGGACAGACAAACAGCGGAAAUAUGUUCUUCAUCAGCUCUUAAGAAGAUGCUCUAAGUCCCAGCUCAAAUUCAUCAGUGACUAUUUCAUGGAAGCAGUCCCCAUCACUCGACUGGACUUCACCACUGUGCUGCCACGCUUUCUGUCCAUAUACAUCCUAUCCUUCUUGAACCCCAUGGACUUGUGUGCUGCAGCCCAGGUCUGCUGGCACUGGAGGUUUCUAGCAGAGCAGGACUGCUUGUGGUCUCCAAAGUGUAUUCGACGAGGUUGGUUCCUUCCCUAUAACCCAUCAGAUAAUGAGUAUGGUGCCUGGAAGAAACACUAUGUGGCCUGUGCUGGUAGCCUUGAUUUUCUAUCUCCACAUGAAGCAGCAGACAUAUAUGGUACUCUGAAUGAAUCUUUGACUGAGCCUGAAGAGCAGAAGGAAAGAAAAACGGAACACAUCAUCAGACAAACCAUCCGGGAGACGAUAGUGGAGCAUAAAAGAGCUGAUUUGAAGAACAGGAGAGCUUGGUUAGCUAACAGCUUAUCAGGAGAUACAUAUGGCAGCAGUGUAAGACAGAAGUCUAGCAUGCUGCCACUGAGUCUUAGAACUACUGUUCUCCAACUGGGGGAUAAGUAUCGCUUGGAGAACAUAUCCAGCAUGAAAGAGCACAGAGCUCAACUGAAUUCCAUUCUAAAUUUGACUGUUGAGAAGACUUGGGCUACCAGCUCUAUGAAAACACUACCAGUAAGCUUGCCAUUAAAGUCACAGACCAGGUCCAGUGAUCACCCUCCAGUUCACCUGCUACUUGUGUCAUCCAGAAUUCCUGCAUAUGAGCUGGUGCUGUGUGGAGCUCUGGUCCAUGUGCUGCCAUUGUUGUAUGACUACAGUGGAAUGACUUUGGAGGCUCUUCUCUCUCUGGUUGAGAGGGCUAUGGAGGGCAGAACAGUGCAGAGUAUCGGCAUUAUGACUGAAGGAAGCACUGAGGAGAUUUGCCUUAUAGAAGGCCUGAGCAUCACUGAGAAAACUGUUUUGAAGCCGUGUGUAAGAGAAUUCUGGGAAAGGCUUUGUGGUUGGGUGGUCCCUGCCUCAGAAGCUGGAACAUUGGACAUCUUUGCUCCUCUGGCUGCUUCUGUUGCAGGGGUGGAACUUAUAAGCAUACUGGCCAGUCUGAGUGGACUGAAUGUCAGGGCUCCCACAGGAAUCUGCACAGGCUCCUACCAACACAUUCUGAGUGACUGGUCAGGAAAGGGUGACUUUCCGCCCCUGCUGUAUCUGCGAGAAGGGCCCUUGCUGAGCUGGUGCACACAGGCAGAGUGGAUUGAGCAAUCUCUUGUAAAUCUAAGAAAUCAGCUGGUGCCACAACUGCAACUUUUGAGUGAAGAGAGCAGAGGCCGCACGCUGGGUUUGUUCCUUUGGGAUCAUAUAACGUUGCCUUUGUUCACACUCAAAUCUGAAGUUACACAAGUUCUCAUAGAGGGUCUUGUGGCACUUCUCAAAGAAAAAUCAGAUAAUCCACUGGAGUUCCUGGGAACUUUUCUGUUGAAGAUAUGUGCGGACGGCACUGUGAAAAAGCACAACCUCAUCACUGUAACAAAGAGUGUGCCGUACAGGCUCCCAGGCUCUAUUCCAGUGGUGCCAGAGGGGCUGUUAAGUGAUGCAGACUGGCGUGAUGCUGUCUGUAGAGAGCUGCUGAAGAGUGAGAGGGCUUAUGUGCGUUUGCUGCAGGCGAUACACACAGUGUAUUACAUUCCACUCAGAGCGGCUUUGGACUCCAAUCGAGCCAUCAUCAGCUCUGCCAACCUUCUAAUGCUCUUCAGUCCUCUGCUGGACAUCUUGGAGUGCAACAAUAUUUUUUUGCAGGAUCUCACAGAGAAGAUGGAAGAAUGGAGUCCUCUGCAGUGCGUGGGUGACACAUGGGUCAGGUUCUGCACCAAGCUUCGGGCCUACACUAAUUUCUUCAAUAACUACCCCACUGCCAUCAGGACCAUUGACAAGGUAGACAAGUGCAGAGAGAUGCUUCCUGCAUUCAGAGCCUUUCUAAAGAGACACAACAGGACCCUUGCUACUAGAAUGUUAAGCAUCCAAGAGCUGUUUCUGAGUCCGUCCUUACGAGUGGAGGAGUAUGUGACUUUGCUCGAGGCUUUAAUGCUACACACACCACCUGAACACCCUGAUCACACACACUUGUCCUCUGCAUUCAACACACUAGUGAAUUACCGGAGCUUCAUCCGUAAGUUGAAAAAGUCUUCUGACCGAGACCUGAAAUUGCUAGAGGCUCAGCGGACCAUCCAGAGCUGCCCAACUCUGCAAGAAGGAGGCCGGUACCUGAUCACGACACAGGACAUAGCAUUACUGAACUGCCUUAAUGAAGACAUUGUUCCCUCCCUCAGGAUGUAUGAGUGUGUAAGUGAGCUGGGUCUGUUCCUUUUUAAUGAUGCCCUGGUGCUGACUGAGAGGAGAGUGUCUCACAUGCCAUUCAGGUUGGCUGUAAACACCUCCCACACAUUCCUGGCUUCCAUAGCUCUGCACAGCCUCAAUCUCUCAGAGAUAGUGGACACAAAGUAUGUGCAGAAUGCUUUUCGCUUGGAGAGCCCAAAGCGCCAGUGGAUUUGUGCCACUGACAGAGAGGAGGACAAGAUCAGAUGGCUGGGUGCUUUACGAAGUGCUAUAAAUGCAGCCAAGCACAAUUAAGGCAGCAAUAGGUCAAUAAAGUUUACGUUAGUAGGGUAUUGAGCACAAUGACCUAAAUAUAUUAGCUUUUAACAGCAUGGAGAGUGUUCGUUGAAUAAUAACAAUACAACAAUGCUUUGAUAACAACCUGCAAUCAAAAUGGACCUUUUUUUGCUGUUUUAGAUCAUGUUAACACUGUAAGACAGUGGUCACCAACCCUACUUUUGGAGAUCUACCAAAUUCACUUCCAACACUGACUGAAGACACGUGAUUCAAAACAUCAUUCCACCUAAUUAGUUGAAUCAAGAAUGUUAGUUUUGGGCUAGAGCAGAAUUCUACAAGAAGGUAGAGUUCCAGGAGCAGGGUUGGUGACCACUUGCAACAACGCACAUAAAAAUGAAACAAAUUUUAAGGUUACAGUGAAAAGCAACACUUAGCAGUCAGAAUUUCCAGAGAUGCAUCAAAGUGUACAUUACUGUUCUCAUGUCAUUUAAAAGUUCGUUAACACCACAAACUGCAUGACUGAUAUAAUUCCAUUUAAUUAAACUUAUUACAUACAGUCUUCACUGGUAUUCUGAGUAGCAGAGCAGCAGUAGUCAAAAUGAUUUCUCUACAAGAGAAAACUCUACGGGUCAGCAUGUGCAGAAUUCAUUGGCACAUUUAAAUCCUUUACAUGAGCAACACUAAAUCACCAUUCUGCUUUUUUUUCAGGACCUUCUCCAGGUUAGCCCACAAAUUAAUUACAGUAAUUUAAAUAAUCCAGGUACAAAAAGGAAAAUUACAGUAUUCUGUACAGAAUGACAUCCCAAAAAAGACAAACCAAAACCAAAAACCCCCAAACCUUUCUUCAAACCACAAGAAAGUUAGGGAAUAUAAAUCUAGCCAUUCCAAUGGGCCUAAUAUGUGUCAGUGUAAGCACUACUUGACUAGUAUUUGUCAGAGCCUUAUGCUUCAUAUAUACAAUAAAUUCAACCAAUCACAUCAAAUGUUAGUAACCCAUGUGGCCAAACAUCUGACUAGCAGCAAGCCAGUAAAAUGUGAUGUAUAACCAUUUCACUAACAAACCCAUUUUGAUCUUAUUCAUUAUUUUGUUUUUGUUAUUUUGUUUGGAUCCGUUUUAUGAAGAUGAUUCUUUUUAGACACUUGUGGGCUUGGAUAAACAUCCUUUCCAAUGAAUGUAAUACUUUUUACAUUCCAUUGUGGACAUAUAAUAAAAGGAUGGGAUGCAUGAUGAUAUCAGAAGCAUAUUGGUCUUUGUAGAUAAUUGCUUAUUAGCAUCGGACAGAUGUUUAUUGUUCACUGAUAUUUCAAAAUGUAUUUCUAGUACUCUGUAAGAACAAAGUUUAUGUGACUAUGUGCUCCUACUCUAAAAUUUGUGUUUAUUCAUUUUACUGCAGUUUAAUACUACAAAAAUACACUUUUUAAUGUUUGCGUAUGAACAUUGAUAUCAGCAGAUGCGUGCAUGAAAAAUUAUUUCAGCAUACAAAUCUCACAUUGGUGCAUCCCUAAAUAAACAUGUUAAAAUGAAAAAAAGUGUUAGUCAUUACACCAGAGCAUGUUACAUAUUAAGUAAAUAAGAGCCCUCUAUGAAUUUCAGGAGUGAAAGAUAAAUCAAUGUUUGCAGCAAAUCCCAAA